AUGAACAACGUUUACUUCCCAAUCCGCGUAGUAGCUUUACUUCGACGCCUCGCCAAUGUCAUGGCUACCUUUUCAUUAUCUGGCCAGUACCUCAUGACGAGGGUCAGAGUCGAAGAUACCUCCCGUAUCAAACCCGAAGAACAUGCCAUUCCCACCACUUCCAAUGACUUUUGGUGGAACCCACUGUCUCCGAACAAGUGGGACUGGCUUCGCGUGGGGUUACUUGUCAAUAGCCGAUGCUUCUUCAAGGACGAUACCAAAUCAUGGCCUUUAUCUCUUUCUGCCUCCAAAGUAUCAUCUGAGUCCCAUACUACUGCUCUUGACACAUUCUCUGUCGAAUCUGAAUUACCGCGGGGUAAAUUGCCACCCAAGGCUCCAACUGAACCAUCCGAGGGUGAUUCCAAUGAUAUCAUCCAUCGCUUACUGCGAAACCCAGCACUAUAUGACCCAAUUAGAGCUCCGAGGUUUCCGAUUGUCCUCUGUCACGGGCUAUACGGAUUUGACGUGCGAGGUCCUGCAUCAUUUCCCAGUCUCCGAAUGCACUAUUGGUCCAAUGUUCUCAACAUCCUCAAAAAGAAGGUCGGAGCAGACGUUAUUGUCACAGCAGUACCCGCAACGGGUUCAAUUACGUCGAGGGCAGAAAACCUCGAUCGGAUACUCCAGGAGAAGGCCAGAGGGCGAGGUGUCAAUCUCAUGGCUCAUUCCAUGGGAGGUCUUGAUUGCCGCCAUCUCAUUACACACGUGCAGCCAAGUGAAUAUACCCCAUUAUCGCUGACAACAAUCAGCACUCCCCACAGAGGAAGCCCAUUCAUGGACUGGUGUGCGGAAAACAUCGGCCUCGGAAGACAGCCCCAGGAACAACUGUACAAGAAAACGGCCGAGUUGCAGCAGCAGUCUAUGCCAGAAAAAGAGACAACCACUGAGAAGCGCGAGACUUCAUUCUCCUUGUCUCUGGCUUCCUUACCCUCCUCUUUCACAACACUCUUGUUGUCCAUCCUGGACUCGCCUGCGUAUUCCAACUUGACAACAUCCUACCUCAACAACGUAUUCAACCCCGCCACCCCCAACGACCCGCGCGUCAAGUACUUUAGCAUCACAGGACGUACUGCCGAUAUGAGCAUUUGGCACCCACUUUGUCUCCCAAAGAUGGUUCUUGACGAGUUGGAGCGAGCGGCCAGGGAACGCCUCAAGCGUCAACACGCUGACACAGGGGAUGUAUGUGCGCCCCUGACAUGGGAACAAGAUGACCAGUGGGGAAACGACGGCCUCGUGACCGUGCAGAGCGCAAGAUGGGGCGAAUUUCUCGGGAUAAUGGAGGGCUGCGACCACUGGGAGAUCAGAGGCGCGCGGGGGCUGGAGUUCAACGUCGACUUAUCGUCUGUGCCCUUGACGAGCAUAGCGAGUCGCGUCGGUGCGGAUGGGUGGGCGUUGGGUGAUUGGUCGAAGUUUACACGGGCGUGGAGGAAGCAAGAGAAGGGGUCGUCUGGUGGGUUUGAGUUUGCUAGUGCUGGUGGAUCGUCGAUUUCACCACCGGACCCGAGAGUCUCCCGAGGAAUUAGGGAGGAGAUGCGUAAGGAUGGUGAAAGUGAUCCUGUUGUGAAAGCGUCGACGGAUAAGCUCUCCGCCGUCUUUGAUUGGUUCAUCGACCAGGUCCCAUCGGCCAACAAGUUGUCCCCUGGAGACACUUCGCAGAAGCAGAAGGUCAAGAAGGCUGUCAAGAACGAACUCGCCUCCAAAUUAGAUCUGGAGAGAUUCUACGUGGCAUUGUCCCGAAAGUUGUAUGACGAGGGGUUGUAA